UGGAUUCGGAAAACGUUACCAGUAUUUUGAAAGAUGCCAUGCACAUUACUUUCUCAUGGUACGACUAUACUUUAUUCAUUUUGAUGCUGGGAUUAAGCGCGCUCAUUGGGAUCUAUUUCGCUUACUUCUCCAAGACGAAACAGACCAGCGUCGAUGAGUAUCUUCUGGGUGGUAAAGAGAUGAAUAUCAUCCCUAUAGCCAUCUCCCUAAUUGCAAGUACAAUAUCUGGGACAAUGCUACUAGCUGUACCAUCGGAUGUCUACAGAUUUGGACCUACUUAUUGGUACGUCGUAUUGGACGUAUUUAUAGCUUCUGCAAUCACGUACUACGUCUAUAUACCAGUAUUCUACAAACUCCAAUUAACCAGUAGCUACGAAUACCUGAAGCUGCGUUUCAGCGGGAACAUUCGAAUACUGGCGUCUUUUCUUUUCACCCUCACGAAUUUACUGUUUCUACCGAUAGUUAUCUACAUCCCUGCUCUGGCCUUCUCUCAAGCUACAGCAAUUAACGUGCAUUACGUAACUCCUCUGGUUUGCGGAGUAUGCAUCUUCUACACCACAAUCGGAGGAUUGAAAGCCGUCGUAUGGACGGACACUCUUCAAUUCUUCAUCAUGAUGGGAUCGAUGUUCACCGUUCUCUACAUGGGAUUAAGUUCAGUUGGAGGAUUUACCAAUGUCUGGGAUAUUUCUAUGAAAGGAGAUCGAAUUGUUCCUAGUUUUUCUUUGGAUCCAACGGAGAGGGAUAGUUUCUUCGCUGUUUUUAUUGGUAAUAUAUUCGGAGUAGCUGGUUAUAUUUCCGUUAGUCAAGGUUACGUACAAAAGUACCUUUCAAUGCCAACACAAAACGAUGUAAAAAAGGCUCUACUUUUAUUCUCAAUUGGAACAAUGAUCAUCAUCUCCGUGUCAGUAUUAACUGGAUUAAUUAUUUACGCAAAAUACUGGGACUGCGAUCCGCUGAGUUCGGGUAAAAUCGCUCAAUUGGAUCAAAUAUUACCUUAUUACGUGAUGGAUGUUGCCAGCACAAUUCCGGGAUUAUCCGGACUUUUCCUAUCAGGAAUUUUCAGCGCCGCUUUAAGCACUUUAUCCGCUCUAUUGAACUGUCUCUCAGGAUCAAUCUACGAGGAUUUCGUUAGUCCUUUCAUGCCCAAAGAUAUCACUCAAUUAAGAAUCAGCAACAUCUUGAAAUUGAUUGUUGUUAUUGUCGGAGUCGUUUGUACUUUGAUGGUGUUUGUCGUGGAGCGAAUGGGAAGCAUUUUACCUUUACAAUUCAGCUUAGUAGGAAUCACGUCCGGUCCUCUUUUGGGACUAUUCUCUUUGGGAAUGCUUUUCCCAUUAGCUAACACCAAAGGCGCUUUCAUUGGUGGAAUUGGUUCUUUGAUAAUCAUGUCUUACAUCAUACUCACGGCUCAAGUGAACAAAACUAAAGGUCUCAUCUACUAUGCCACUAAACCAAUCUCAGUUGAAGCUUGUAACUCAACAAUAAUAUCAUCAGCUUAUCAACAGCAAGAUUCUAGUGAAGAGGUGUUCGCAUUAUUCAAGAUUAGUCAUUAUUACUUUACAGCGAUGGGAACGCUUUUGGUAAUCAUAAUUGGUUUACCUGUGAGUUGGUUCACUGGUGGAAGAGAGCAAAUUGUUGAUCCAGAUCUGAUAAGUCCGGUUUCCAAAUGGAUGUUGAAAAAGGAUUAUUACGCUGUGGAAAAGGCUCUCAAGAUGGUUCACACCGAGAAAUGUUAGUGUGAAAGUAUUGACUCUUUUUGUUUUAUAUCAAAAGCGGAACUUUCUGUAUAAUAAAAUAUUGUUUAGUCUAGUCAUGAAAAAUAAUUUGACUACUGUCAAAUCCGUGUAUGCAAUGCAAUUUGUGUUUAUAUUUUUUAUCACGAGGAUUUCUUAAUCAACUACCAGACGAUAAA